GGGUGAGCCCGCCGCGAUGGUCCUGGGGGGCCCCAGGCCUCUGGGCAGCCUUGCUGGGGGGAGGGGGCAGGAAGAGAGGCAGGGAAGGGACUAUAGGCCCCGGCAAGGUGCGGGCACUGGCCCUGGGACUCCUUGCGCGCCUGCGGCCGGUUUUGGGGGUCGCGUACUGGCCGGAGGAGUCCUGGAGCGCAGCCGGGGCGUGGCCGCGGUGUGAACGCCCCUCGGCGUGGGAACUGCCGGUGCCCAGCACCGAUCUGCCUCCCAGCAGCUGCAAAACACCCUUUGUGUGGUUGUCGCAUCGCACGUUAGGAAUUGUGAUGGGCUGUGUUAAAAAUGAGAGUUGCCACGGAUUAUGAAACAUCAAGUGGUUUCACUCCCGAAAAAUAGUGGAGUCAGACCACGAUGCAGAUUUGAAGGAAUGUCGUGUGUGGACAUUUUUCCACCAGGCAGUUUGGCCAUAGCAGUUGUGGCUGUUUGCAUUUCAGGUUGCUUAGGAUUCAGUGUCAGGCUUCAUGCCUAGCCAUCUAGAAAUCAGAGCUAGAAUACUAGAUCAUUGGAGACUCUGGGUUUUUUGUUGUUUUUGUUCAGUGAAGGAAAAACGGGUACAUUGAUUACUUGUAAAUUUGUCAGAGAUUAUGAAAUGUUAUACUAAGUGCUUCGUUUUUCCACACCUUAGUUUUGUCAUCUGUGUUUGUUGAAGGUAUUCCCACCAGUCACAACAGUGAUGAGAUGAUGGUGAAGUGUCUGAAUUUCUAAGUAAACUGAGAAUAAAAUUUGUGGGAAGGAGGACAAUAUUUUUGUUGAAUUGAAAAUAUCUUGCUUGAUGAUACUGUGUCUUAAAAAUAUCAAUUAAAAAUCAGGCCUUUUAGAAUAUGCAUCUAUUAACUUGGUAUUCAGACUGGCGCUGUGGGCAUCCUCAACUGUGUGGAUGGCUACAAAAGACCCCACAGCUGUAGAGAGAGCAAACUUGUUAAACAUGGCUAAACUGAGUAUCAAAGGACUCAUUGAAUCUGCUCUGAGCUUUGGCCGCACUUUGGAUUCUGACUAUCCCCCCUUGCAGCAAUUCUUUGUUGUUAUGGAACAUUGCCUGAAACACGGUCUUAAAGUAAGAAAAUCAUUUUUGAGUUAUAACAAAACCAUCUGGGGCCCUUUGGAACUGGUGGAGAAGCUGUACCCCGAAGCAGAGGAAAUAGGAGCCAGUGUCCGGGAUCUACCUGGUCUGAAGACCCCUCUGGGUCGAGCAAGAGCAUGGCUUCGAUUAGCCCUCAUGCAAAAAAAAAUGGCCGAUUACUUACGUUGCUUAAUUAUUCAGAGGGAUCUCUUGAGUGAGUUUUAUGAGUAUCAUGCACUAAUGAUGGAAGAAGAAGGAGCGGUAAUUGUUGGGCUGCUGGUUGGCCUGAAUGUGAUCGAUGCUAAUCUGUGUGUGAAGGGAGAGGAUUUAGACUCACAAGUUGGAGUGAUUGAUUUUUCUAUGUAUUUAAAGAAUGAAGAAGAUAUUGGAAAUAAAGAAAGGAAUGUUCAAAUUGCUGCCAUAUUAGACCAAAAGAAUUACGUUGAAGAAUUAAAUAGACAACUGAACAGCACAGUCAGCAGCCUCCAUUCAAGAGUUGAUUCAUUAGAAAAGUCAAAUACUAAGCUGAUUGAAGAGUUAGCAAUAGCAAAGAAUAACAUCAUUAAACUCCAGGAAGAAAAUCAUCAAUUACGAAAUGAAAAUAAAUUGAUUUUAAUGAAAACACAGCAGCACAUAGAGGUUACCAAAGUAGAUGUGGAAACUGAGCUUCAAACAUAUAAGCAUUCUCGUCAGGGGCUAGAUGAAAUGUACAAUGAAGCCAGAAGGCAGCUUCGAGAUGAAUCUCAGUUACGACAGGAUGUAGAGAAUGAGCUAGCAGUACAAGUUAGUAUGAAGCAUGAGAUUGAACUUGCCAUGAAGUUGCUGGAGAAAGAUAUCCAUGAGAAACAAGAUACUCUGAUAGGCCUUCGACAACAACUAGAGGAAGUUAAAGCAAUUAACAUAGAGAUGUAUCAAAAGUUGCAGGGUUCUGAAGAUGGCUUGAAAGAAAAAAAUGAAAUAAUUGCCCGACUAGAAGAAAAAACCAAUAAAAUUACUGCAGCCAUGAGGCAGCUGGAACAAAGAUUGCAGCAAGCAGAGAAGGCGCAAAUGGAAGCUGAAGAUGAGGACGAGAAAUAUCUACAAGAAUGUCUCAGUAAAUCUGAUAGUCUGCAGAAACAAAUCUCCCAAAAGGAGAAACAGCUGGUGCAACUGGAAACUGACUUGAAGAUUGAGAAGGAAUGGAGGCAGACUUUGCAGGAAGAUCUUCAAAAGGAGAAAGAUGCCUUAUCUCAUCUUAGAAAUGAGACUCAACAAAUCAUUAGUCUUAAAAAAGAGUUCCUUAACCUCCAGGAUGAAAAUCAGCAGUUGAAAAAAAUAUAUCAUGAACAAGAGCAAGCUCUUCAAGAACUCGGCAACAAGCUUAGCGAAUCAAAACUUAAAAUUGAAGACAUAAAAGAAGCCAAUAAAGCAUUGCAGGGACUGGUUUGGCUGAAAGACAAAGAAGCAACACAUUGUAAACUUUGUGAAAAGGAAUUCUCACUCUCUAAGAGAAAGCACCACUGUAGAAACUGUGGGGAAAUUUUCUGUAAUGCCUGCUCUGACAACGAACUACCUUUGCCUUCUUCACCAAAACCAGUACGGGUUUGUGAUUCCUGUCAUGCAUUGCUCAUUCAGAGAUGCUCAUCUAACUUGCCCUGAGACUCCAGAACUAAAUCCUUAUGUAUGAAAUUACCUACAAUGAAUGUUAUGAUGUUGUAUACAAAGGUAACCAGACAGCUCUUCUUAAGCAGCUUUCGGUCAGUAUUUGGUACCAGUUUAUCUUCUACAUAUUCAGCUCAUGGAAAUUACAAGUUAUAUAUUUCCUUCCCCAUUGUUAUUCAAAAUGUAUUUUCAACAGAGCAUGCUUAAAAAUCAUGUAACUCAUUAAAAGGUCAGAUAGCGGAGCUAACACAACUUGCCUUAUCUUGUAAAGGCCUUCUUAAAAAUAAGGCUUCAGAUUGUUUUUUUCUUCUGAAUUCUGUCAAUUUGGUAUUUGAUGGUGCCUGCAAUUCUCUUAAUGCACUUUAAAGCUUCACAGUUCUGAGACUGGAAAUGCAUAAAACUUUUUAAAUUAUUAAUAUUCUAAUUCAACAGAUUUUCAUUAUCUUUGUAAGAUUUCAACUGUAUUUAUUUGCCCUUUCUUCUACCCCUCUCCCUUUGCCUCUUGCAUUAGUCAGGGCCAAUAUUUUGUCCUACAAAAUUUCCUCUUGGUCUUUUUAAAAAUCAGUUAUUGUCGUGCUUGCUGAACAUUUUCAGCUACAGUGGAUUAAAUUAAAAGGGGCAUUAUUUGGCCUCGGCCUCUACUUUUUUCCUUCUAAUCUUGAAAGGAAGUUACAUAUAACCAUCUUUCUUUUCCUGAUUUAUAGAUCUUCCCAUAUGCUGUUUCACUAAAUUGCUGUUUUUUUAAGGGGUGACUCAGACCCCAGUUCAAAGAUGAAAACACAAAUCCUUCCCCAGAAAGAAAAGUAUGUAAUAGUAGGGGAUGUUACAGGCUCCUUAUGAAGGUCCUCUCCUCUAAGCAUUAAAAGUGAGAAAAAAAUCAGAACUUUGCUUUGGUAAUGUAUUAGAGUUCAGUUCAAAAAAUUUUGUAUUAACAUUUUCAUUGGAGUAAAUGUUAGGAAGCAUCACAUUCUAGUGGCCUACCUGUAUACAUCCACAGUAAAAUUUCACCAUGUCCACUGAGCACCUCUAUGCCAAGGGUGUUGAGAUCAUGAAAUACACACUUGACCUAUUUCUUUUUUUUUCGAGAUGGAGUUUCACUCUUGUUGCCUAGGCUGGAGUGCAAUGGCACGAUCUCCACCUCCUGGGUUCAAGCAAUUCUCCUGCCUCAGCCUCCCAAGUAGCUGGGAUUACAGGCGUGAGCCACAGCACCUGGCCAGUACACUUGACCUAUUUCAAGCUGACUCAAUGAACACUAACCCAAGUUAUAUUGCUUAUGGCAUACUAAGAAUUUAACUUGUAUAAAUUACCUCUGAAUAGUCACAUAAACACUAUCACCAUUCAGUAUCCUAUUUUUUACAUUAAUUUUUAACCAUGCACUUUAAGUUUGUGAGCCUAUAAAAAAUACAUAGAAAAUUUAUGGAUUAAGAGCAUUAUAUUUAGUGGUUAAUCCUAGGUACCUCCCUGCCUAACAAAGGAGUUCUUAUUAAUACUGCAGGAUCUUUUCUUCAUGAAUAUAUGCUUCCAUGAAAUUUAAAUUUUUCUGAAUAGCCGAAGUAUGAAAUGAACACUUUACUUGAAGAUCUAUUUUUUCCAAAACCCGUAAAUUUCCAGUCAGCUUUUGAGGUGUCAGAUGUGACACAGAUUUUUAGAUGGUCUUUCUUGAAUACUGAUAGAAAUGUCCUCAAGAUAGGAUUAUAUUCUUGAACCAUUUUGUAUUGAUAGGUGGGAUGGGCUAACAUUUUUAUGAUUACUAAAUAAGCAAAAAAUGAAAUUUUCAAACAGGCUUUUUUAUUACUGUGCUUAAAACAAAUUUUAAAAUGUGACUUAAGUUGCUUAAAUUCCAAGGCUAAUUUCAUUCAACAAACCAUGAUUUUUAGUCAUCCUUUAAGUUUCUCACUUUUCAAAACUCAUGUAUCACCACUGACUUUUUUUUUUUAGGCAGCUUUUAUGACAGCAACUUGCUCCAUGUAGUUUUUGGCUUAUUUAGAAACUAUACUAAAACUUUGGAUUUUUCUGUUACAAGACUUUUAACAAUCUGUAUUUUGUGAUUGUGAACGCGUAUUCGUUUUACUUUUCAAAACAGACAACAUACCAUUCCCUCACCUAGCAGUACUACCACAAUAAUGCUAUCAUGGUGCCAAGGAAUUACAAUUGUAAUUCUUCUAACCUAUAAUGUUUAAAAAAUAAAAUGUGAAUUUUAUGAACGAAAUAAAUAUUUGGAAAAUUA